UGAAAGGAAAAUAGAAAAGGAAAAAAGAAAAAAUGGAAACUUUACAGAUAAAAUUUCCACACACUAUCUCUUCUUCAUACUAACAAGAAAGCCUUUUUUCCGUCCAAAAGCAGGCACCCACUUUCUCCUCCAGAAAGUGCUUUAUGAUUAACCCUUUAUCAGUUGCAGAUUGAUCAACCAACUCUAUGAAAUCAAUUUUCUGAGCAAAAUUGAGCUUCUGGAGAGAGAAUUACAGAGGGAUUUGUAAAUAUUAGUGAAUUUGGAGUGAUGAGUGGGGAAUUUGGAGUGAUUAAAGUAGAAGGGAUCUGUGAUGGGGAGAAUACGGUGUUUGUAGCAGUGGGAAAGAAUGUGAAGGAGGGCAAAUCCAUACUCUCAUGGGCCUUAAAGAGCUUUUCUGUUAGGAGAAUUUGUAUUCUUCAUGUCCACCCCUCCAAUCAUUUACUGGAUGGGAAGGUUUCAGGUACAAAGCUGAAACAGCACAUGGUGAAGGCAUGCCAAGAACUUGAACGCCAAAAACUGCACAAACUUCUAAAUCAGUAUCUUCUCUUUUUAUCCCAAGCUGGGAUACAGGGGGGUAAGGUGUGGCUUGAAAUGAAUAAUGUGGAGAAAGGGAUAAUACAUAUUAUUGAACAACACAAAAUUCAAUGGCUUGUCAUGGGAGCAGCAGCAGAGACUCAUUACUCAAAACAAUUGUCAGAGCUCAAGUCCAGCAAAGCUAAAUUCGUGUGCCAGCAUGCACCAAUCCACUGUCAAAUUUGGUUUACUUGCAGCAGCUACCUGAUACAUACGAGAUCUAAGAACUGCUCUCAUUUAACUAGCAAAGAGUCAUUGUCGUCUCCAAAAGAUAAUGGAGGAACCAAAUUGCAUGAUCAUGCUGAUAAUGGAUAUGAAGAUUUGAACAUUUCGGAAGACGCAUCAACGUCAGAUGACAAAAUGGUUAACGUUGAGAUCAAAGGAAACUAUUCACUCUUGCGCUCAAAAAACAAGUGUGAAACACAUUUACAUCGUUCAACAUCUCUUCCUAUACUGGAAGAAGGAGGGUUUCACGCGAAACCCUCUAGUGAUGAAAGGAGUAGACUGGAGCAUGCUAUGAUGGAUGCUGAGAACUCCAAAAAAAGCGCAUUUGAAGAGUCGGUAAAGCGAUGGAGAGCUGAAGAAGAUGCUAUGGAGGCUAUCCACAUGGCUGAAGUGUCAUAUAAAUUAUCCAAGGAAGAGGAAGGCCGAAGGAAAGAAAAGGAGGAAAUUUUGGCAAAGCAAAAGGAAGAAGUAGAAAGGAUGAAGAUUCAGCAUGACCUGUGCCUGAAAGAACUUCAGAUGAUCCAGGAGAAGAAGCUUGUACUAGAAAGUCAAAUAACUGAGUCCUCCUAUGCAGCGCAGGAGUUAGAGGAGAAGAUAAUUCAAGCAGUGGAGCUGCUGAUAUCUUUUAGGAAGAAAAGGGAUGAGCUGCAGAUAGAGUGUGACAAUGCAGUUAAAGAAGUUAACCAGUUCAGAAAGUUGGUAGAAGCUGACACCGAUGAGCAUUGUAUCAAAAAUUUCUUUUCAAUUUCUUUUUCUGAUAUCAUAGAGGCUACACAAAAUUUUGAUCCAACCUCAAAGAUUGGAGAAGGAAAACUCGGAAGUGUUUACAAGGGGAUUAUUCACAAUGUAAAAGUAGCUAUAAAGAUGUUACCAGCUUGUGGUUCUUUAAGUGAUUCAGAUUUCCAACAUAAGGCAGAAAGUUUGAGCAGGGUGAGGCAUCCAAACCUUGUUACACUGAUGGGGAUUUGCUCAGAAUCUAGGUCCCUUACCUAUGAAUUCCUUGAAAAAGGAAACCUUGAAGAUCACCUGGCUGGCCGAACAAAAUCCCGCCCUCUUUGUUGGCAACAUCGGAUAAGAAUUGCUGUUGAGAUAUGCUCUGCUCUUAUCUUUCUGCAUGCCAAUGACCCUUGCCUUGUCCACGGAAACUUGACACUUAGUAACAUCCUCCUUGAUGCUAAAUUUAUCAGCAAAAUUAGUGAUCUGGGAGUCCAUCUCUUGGUUUCCCAUUGUGAGAAUUCCAGUAUUGAUGGCAAAUUCUGUGGUAAGGAUGACCCAGAGGCUUCUGAUCCAGAAUGCAUCGAUAAGGGACAGCUUACUGUAGAAUCUGAUGUUUACUCAUUUGGUAUUAUACUUUUACGACUUUUGACUGCAAGACCAGCUUCAGGUAUAGUGAGGGAGGUCAAGUGUGCUUGGGAAAGUGGGAACUUGGGUUCAGUUUUGGACUGUUCAGCUGGUGAAUGGCCAACUGAACGAGCGAACCUGUUAGCUUAUCUAGCAUUGAGGUGCUGUGCGGAGGAUCCUUUAAAUCGACCGAAUAUGCUCUUAGAAGUCUGGCCAACAAUUGAGCCAAUGAGAGAUGUAUGCACACCAUGCCCGGAUUCAAAUACUUCAUCUCAGGGUUCCAAGGGUCAACGACGAAUUCCUCCUCAUUUUGUUUGUCCUAUCUUCCAGGAAGUUAUGGAAGAUCCAUACAUAGCAGCAGAUGGUUAUACAUAUGAAGGUGAUGCAAUAAAAGGAUGGCUGUAUAGCGGACAUGAUACUUCUCCAAUGACAAACCUUAAGCUGGAUACCUGCGAUCUAAUUCCCAAUUAUGCUCUCUAUCGCGCAAUUCAGGAAUGGCAGCAACAAUCCUGAAACUCAUUAGGGUCUAUAAUGCCUUUUACAAACAAAAACAGCUACAAAGUUGAUAUAUACACCGAAAUAGAAAGUUAGCCAUACCUCUUGGUAGUCCCACUGAGUUAAUGCUUGGAUUUAACUUA